AUGCACCUUUCCUUUUCCAGCGUUUUCGUGAUUUUGUGACUUUGUCUUUUGAGUUGUUAGAUUUGAGAAAUGUCCACCUGCAUGUUGAGUGUUUAUUUGAAGUUUUUCUGGACUAUAUCUUAGUAUUGCAGUGAUCUGUGAUGAAAUUGUAGCCUGAGACGGGCAGCGCGAAGUGACUGCACAGCGUUGUGGCGACGAUGGAGUCAGGCGAUCCGAGCGGAGACAGCAGCGCUCUUCCCGCGCAGAACGUGUCCGCUACGGUCUCCCCGGCCGUGGAAGCAGGCAGCGCUGCAGCGGGGGAUCCUGCUGUUCCUCCGGCCCCGGUGGCGGGCGCGGGCGACGCGCCCGUGGUGGACACGGAGGCGGAGAACAAGCGCAAGGUGAGCGAGUACCUUGAGGCUGUCAGCCAGUUGGCCGCCAGUCGCGCGGCGGAACGGCAGCGCGCCGCCAGCGCCGAGUACCCCGAGGAUGACUUCUACAGCACCCUUGACUCCAAACUCAAGUCCUGCACGGGGUACAUCAAGAAGCUCAAGAACCUCACCGAGUCCCAGCACGACACCCUCGACAAGGACUUCCACGGUCUGAAUCUGCGGCGGUACGUGUCGGAGGCGACGCAGGCGCUGGCGGAGGCCAAGCUGAAGGUGAGCGACGUGCCGACCGCCCUGCACGUCAGCGGCCUGCUGCAGCGCCGCUACGCCGACUUCGCCAGCAGCAUGCUGGACUCGUGGCGCCGCGUGCUGCCUUUGACGCGCAGCGAUCCCGUCAGCAACCCCUCCAAACUGCGCGUCGACUUGAAGUUCCUCCCCGAACAACUCCUCACCGGCCUAAUACCGCUCAAGCCCGCCCUCGCCCUCCUCAAGGACUGCCUCGCCGCCUUAAUAGACCAGGACAAGGACGACCGCCAGCUGCUGCCCCUCCUCACCGUCUUCGCCAAGAACUUUGCCUUAGAUUUCCUCGGGGUGCAUCCGAAGAAGAUGCGGCUGCUGGCGGAGCAGGCGGCCCCCGAGGCGCUGCCGCUGCCCCCGCCCACCUUCCUCCCGCCCGAGACGCUGGCGGCCUUCAAAGCCCUGCUGGACAAGUACUUUGACGCGUUGAGCCGGCAGUUAGAGAGCGAGAACCAGCGGCUGCGCGAUCUAGAGAAGGCGCACCGCCGCCUGAUGGCCUCGCGCGGCGACGUGCCCGCCGACCGCCUCGACAAGUACGACGCCUUCCUCGCCCAGUUCAACAAGCUCAAGAACGCCAUGCUGGUGUUGGGCGACGCCAUCGACCGCGAGCUGCCCGUGCUGGCGCCGCGCGAGGAACUGGAGGACACCAAGAUGACCAUCGAAUUGCUGACCGUCGAUAUCGGCGACCGCGCCGGGCUGGCACCCAUCUGGAACGACGAGGACGAGCGGGACUUGUACGAGAACCUGCCCGACCUGAAGGCGACGAUGCCGAGCAUGGCCUACAAGGACAGCCUGGCCGAAUCGGCCUCCACCCUCCCGCCGGCCCCCGCCGAGGACCCCAUGACGCUGCUGGACGCCGUCAUCCAGGCCGAUGCCGAGGCCGACGCCCCCGGGACCCCCGAGGCCCCUCCGGAGGCCCCCAAAGCGGCCGCGGAGGCCCCGGCGCCCAAGGAGACCAAGACGGAGAGCGUGCGGAAGCCGGUGGCCCUGCCGCGGCGCUUGGGCGCGGCGCUGAAGGGCGGGCGGAAGAGCGGGCUGGCGGAUCUGCUGGACACCCUGUACGAGGGGGAGGAGGGCGACGGGGAGGAGGAGCCGGGCGUGGCCGUCGAGGAGGAGUACGACAGCGUCACCAGCGCGCUCAGGCAGAUUCUGGACGCGUUUAUCGUCAGUCUGCCCAAGGUGUCGUCCAAGGAAGCCAUCGACAAGAUGGCGGUGGACUUUUGCACGAAUCUGAACCGACGCAACUACCGGCGCCGGCUGGUGGCGGCGCUGUACGGCGUGCCGCGCAACCGGCCCGACCUGCUGCCGCUGUACGCGCGCCUAGUGGCCAUCCUCAACCCCGUGAUGCCCGACGUGGGCGGCGAGCUGAGCGAGGCGCUGCGCCGGCAAUUUAGAUGGCUGGUGCGCAAGCAGGACCCCCUCCGCCUCGAGUCCAAGAUCCGCAACGUCAGAUUCAUGGCCGAACUGACCAAGUUCACGAUUGUGCCGCGCGCCGAGACGUUGCUGGCGCUGAAGAUUUUAUUGAACAACUUCAAGCACCACAACGUCGAGAUGGCCUGCUCGUUGCUGGAGCACGCCGGCCGCUUCCUCUAUUGGUCCCCCGACUCCCACCCGCGGAUGAAGAUUCUGGUGGAGGAGUUCCUGCGGCGCAAGGGUCUGCAGCAUUUCGACGCGCGCAUCGAGAGCAUGAUCGAGAACGCCUACCUGGCCUGCGCCACGCCCGAAACGGCCAACCGCCGCUCCGCCAGCAGCCGGGUGCUGAAGGUGCGCACACCGAUGCAGCUGUUCAUCCGCAAGCUGUUCCUCUCGGAGCUGAACACGGGCGCGGACCCGACGGUGCUGAUGGGGUUGUUGCGGCGCUUGGCCUGGGACGAGCCGGCGACGCUGGAGUACGGCGUGCGGUAUUUAAGCGCGGCGUGGAAGCUCAACUACGCCGCGAUCCCCGCGCUGGCCAGUAUUUUAGCCGGACUGGCCAACUACCAGGACGACGUGGCCGUGCGCGUCGUCGACAACGUGUUGGAGGACAUUCGCGUGCAUCUGGAGCUGAACAACCCCAAGUUCAACCAGCGCCGGCUGGCCAUGGUGCGCUACCUCGCCGAAAUGUACAACUACCGCAUCGUGGAGUCUUCUGUGAUCUUCAACACGCUGUACUCACUGGUGCUGUUCGGGUGGGUGGGCGACGCGCCGACCAGUCUGGACCCGCCGGAGCACCUGCUCCGCCUGCGCCUCGUCUGCGUGUUAUUAUCAACCUGCGGCGAGUACUUCAGCCACGGCGCCGCGCGACGCCGGCUGGAGCAGUUCCUGGUGCUGUUCCGGCGCUACCUGUGGCUGAAGAAGGAGAGCCCCGUGUGGAACGAGCGCACGCCCUUCCCGCUCACCAUCCAGCAUCUCGUGGAGGACACGCUGGGCGCGCUGCGCCGCGACUUCCCUCUCCUCAAGAGCCUCGCCGAGGCCGACGAGGCCCUCAACAAACUCAACCAGAAACUACAGGAGAAGGUGAAUGUGGACUCGGUGAGCGCGGCCGCGGCGGUGGGCGGGAAGAAGGAGGAGCCCGUGGUUAGUUCGGCGUCGUCGUCGGAGAGCGGGAGUCGGUACGGCAGCAACGUGGAUUUGACGCUGCUCAGCGGCGGCGAAGAGCAGCCGCCCGCCGACGGCGCUGCGCUGGUGACGGAGGAGCCGCCACCGGCGCCCGUCACCGCCGAGGACGUGGACUUUAUGGCCGUCUUCGACCGGCUCUCCUCCGAGAGCUACCAGAGUCAGGCGGCGAGCAAGGUGCCGCAGUUCAAGUCGGCCAUCCCCUCCACCGUCAAGGAGCAGCUGCAGACCAGCCACGCCGCCGACGCCAACGUCGGGACGCCGCUGCACCCCGCCACGCCCGGCCUGGACGCCCCCGACGCCGACAGCGGCGCCGCCGCCGCCGCCGCCGCCGCCGCCGCCGCCGCCGCCCCGGGCUCCGCCGGCCUCGUCCGCGUCGGCCUCAUGACCAAGAAGGGCCAGAAACAACACCAUAUCAAGUUCAUGGAGAUGCCGGCGGACACGGAGUACGUGACGUUGUGGCGUGCUGCGGAGGAGCACGAGCGGCAGGAGCGCAGCGAGAUGCUCAGGCUGACGCUGGACAUGAGCCAGCGCCAGGAACGCGAAGAAUACGAAGCGUUGAUGGGAUCGGUGUCGCGACCGCUGCCCGCCGGCGGGAUGCGGCCGCGGCUGCCCCUGCGCGCGCCCACCGCCCCGGGACCGGGCGGCCAGCAGCAGCAGCAGCAGCAGCGUGCCCAGGGUUACGGCUACGCGGCCAAUCAGCACUACUACCGCGCCAAUUAACUGAAUUAACCGUCAUCCGACACGGAAAUGGAUUCACUGACCAACACUGCGCGCGACCAUGCACUGUUGUAGUGCAGUGCCACGCUCCAUUCCCCGCCGUCAUCAACUGCCUGAUUUUUGCUCGUUGAUUCUUCAGUGGAAUAUUUAAUAUUGCUUCAUGUUUUCUAAACGCCUUUUACUGCAUUUUCUGCUGCGUUGCCUCACUGACUACGUGUAAAAAUAAAUAAAAUUAUAAAGCAUAAAUUUGGAAAUA